GCAGCUCAGGGCCUGAGAGCCUCCUCUUUGGCUUCCUAGGAGACAGCUCAUUUUGGGAAGUUUCGGGGGCUCGCUAAGGUUGGAACACUUGGGCCCAGGUGGGCCCAGGAGCAAUCUCCUCCAGUGAUCUGGCUGGAAACUGGGACUUCUGGAUUUGAGAUCUCUCUGCCUCCUGCAAGCCAGCUCUGUAGUUGCAGGUCCCAGGCUAACCCCCUGUCCAGGAAAAGAAGGGAAGGACAAUCUGUUCAAUUAUGACCGUACUCCAUCAACAUCCUGCAGAGGACCAAGGCCUGCCCCAAGCAGGGAGCUUGGAACCCGAGGGAAUGGCCCCUAAGAGCCACAGAUCCCCACCCCAGGAGUUGGUGACUUUCAAGGAUGUAGCUGUGGACUUCAGCCCUGAGGAGUGGGGUCUGUUGGACCCGGAUCAGAAAGAGCUGCACAAUGAGGUCAUGCUGGAGAAUGCUGAGAACUUGCUCUCCCUGGGACUUCCAGUUCCCAGAGAAGAUUUCAUCAAUCAUGUGGAGAGAGGAGGUUGGAGGAACUCCUGUCCUGAUACAGAGACACCGUUUGAUAUGGAGAAGGUGAGUGCAAAUCUGAAAAUGAUCUCAUGGAAAGACCUUUCUCAAUAUCGUGAACACAGGACUGUUCUUGCUAAGCACAAAAGAAACCAUACUGGAGAGGAACACUGUGAAUGGAAUACACACAAGAAAGCUUUAAGAAAGAGUUCUAGUUUUGUUAAUGAUAAGAAUAUACAUCCUGAAGGAAAAACACCUGAGUGUCACGAAUGUGAGAAAGCUUUCAUUUCACUCUCUUCCCUUGCCAAGCACCAGAGAAUCCAUGCUGGAAAGAAAUCUUAUGAAUGUAAGAAACAUGGGAAGACUUUGAGAGAGCGAUCUAUUCCUGCUCAACAUGGGAGAAUUCACACAAAAAAACAAUCUUACAUAUGUAAUCAAUGUGGAAAGGAUUUUCAGUAUUAUUCCAAAUUGGUUCAACAUCAGAGAAUCCACAUUGGAGACAAGCGUUACAAAUGUAACGAAUGUGGAAAGACUUUCACAAAGCGCUACUACCUUGAUACACACCAGAGACUCCACACUGGAGAGAAGCCUUAUGAGUGUAAUGAAUGUGGAAAGGCUUACAUAAAGAGCUCUAGUCUUAUUGAACAUCAGAAAAUCCAUACUGGAGAGAAGCCUUAUGAAUGUAAUCAAUGUGGAAAGACUUUCACACGGAGUUGCAUUCUUCGUGAACAUCAGAGAAUCCACACUGGAGAGAAGCCUUAUGAAUGUAACAAAUGUGGAAAGACUUUCAUGCGGAGUUACAGUCUUAUUGCACAUCAGAGAAUCCACACUGGAGAGAAGCCUUAUAAAUGUAAUAAUUGUGGAAAGACUUUCAAAUGUCACUCUAAUCUUGCUAGCCAUCAGAGAAUGCACUCUGGACAGAAGCCUUAUCAAUGUAACGAAUGUGGAAAGACUUUCACACACUGUUACACUCUUACUAAACAUCACCGAAUCCACACUGGAGAGAAGCCUUAUAAAUGUAAUGAAUGUGGAAAGGCUUUCACACACUGUUCCACUCUUACUAAACAUCAGAGAAUCCACACUGGAGAUAAGCCUUAUGAAUGUAAUGAAUGUGGAAAGGCUUUCAUAUGGAGUUAUAGUCUUCUUGAACAUCAGAGAAUCCACACUGGAGAGAAGCCUUAUGAAUGUAGUGAAUGUGGAAAGACUUUCAUACGCAGUUAUAGUCUUCUUGAACAUCAGAGAAUCCACACUGGAGAGAAGCCUUAUGAAUGUAGUGAAUGUGGAAAGACUUUCAUACGCAGUUAUAGUCUUCUUGAACAUCAGAGAAUCCACACUGGAGAGAAGCCUUAUGAAUGUAAUCAAUGUGGAAAGGCUUUCACACAGAGUUACUGUCUUCGUGAACAUCAGAGAAUUCACACUGGAGAAAAACCUUAUAAAUGUAAUGAAUGUGGAAUGGCUUUCACAAAGCGUUCUUACCUUGAUGUACAUCAGAGAAUCCACAGUGGAGAAAAUCCUUAUGAAUGUAAUGAAUGUGGAAAGACUUUAACAUCUCACUCCAGUCUUGCUGUCCAUCAGAGAAUCCACACUGGAGAGAAGCCUUAUGAAUGUAGUGAAUGUGGGAAGGCUUUCACAUAUUGCUCCAGUCGUGCUAGACAUCAGAGAAUCCACACUGGAGAAAAGCCUUAUGUAUGUAAUGAAUGUGGAAAGGCUUUCACACAGCGCAGCAGUCUUGGUAAACAUAAGAAAAUUCACAUUAGACAAAAACCUCAUGAAUAUGGAAACCUUCAGACAAAGCUCAAAUCUUGCUUAACAACAGAAAGAGCACAUUAACGAAAAACUUUUGAGUGUCUACAUCAUGGCAAAGUUUUUAAUAUAUAUUAGUCUCUGACUAGACAUGGGAGAUCCCAUACCAGAUGUAAAAUCUCAUUCAUACAAUUCAUUUGAAAAAACAUUCAGGCUCACUUCAUCCCUGAAUUGCCUCCAGAAAAUUCCUAGAAGAUUGAAAUCAUGGAUAAAGGCAUAAAGAUGGAGGACAGAAGCAUUAUUAAAAAUGUAUUUGCAGAAAGGCUUUCACCUGGAUCUCAUACUUUGAGUAGAAAGCUUACUGCAGAUGAAAGACAUGAAUACAAUGAAUGAGGGAAGGCCUCUUUACAUCUCAGAUCUCAUUGGACAUUGCAAUUUUAUUUUAUGUAUAAAUGCAAUUUAAUACUAUGUAUAAAGAUGGGAAAAUAGAUUUGGGUUUUUCUUUGAAAUCCCAAAAUUGGUGUCCAAAGAAGAGUUUAUAAUGGGGAAAACUGAUUGUUUUAAUCUCCUUUCUCAGUAAUGAUUAAGAAAUUUGUUCAUCUGAUUGUAAAUUGUUUUUACUACUUAAUUUUCCUCUUCAUUCUCUUAUUUAUUCCUAAAUUCUUUGGCUUUCCAUCUGUGUGAUAAGUAAUAUGUCCACAUUCUAAUUUUCUUUUAAAAUAUCCAUAAAUAAUGAGAUGAUUCAGGCCAAUUCCAGUACACUUGUGAUAGAGGGAACCAUCUGCUUAGUAAUUUCAUAUUUUUUUUGUUGUUUAUUUGCUUUUUGUUUUCUUUCUCAUUUUUGAUGAUUUUAUUUUUCUUGUGCAGCAUGAUAAAUGUGGAAAUAUGUAAAAAAAAAUAAUAAAAUAUCUGUACGUGUGGCUUAGGUCUCCA